AUGAAGCAGCACAAGCAAAUUUAGUAGAAAAAUAAGUAGUUUGAUGAUGGCUAUAAAAACUUCGGAAGAGCAACUCAUUGCUCUAUAGGAUUUUUUAUUUUGUCAAUAUCCGCUAAUACAGUGCAAAACGCAGAAGCAUAGGCGAUGGACAGUAAUGGGUUUUCUAAACUAGGUUUCUUUUCAUUAAGCUUACUUUAUUUCUUCCUGGGCGCUGGAAGUCUAGUUUCAACUGCAGUUAUGAAUAAAGUGGGUGUAAAGUAUUGUUUGGCUAUUGGUGCUGUUUUUGAUUGCUUCUGGAUAUUAAGUUCCAUAUUCCCAUAUCUUUAAAAAUAGAAUCCUGGUGAUCCGAGAUUCAUUUACAGCAAUGCAUUCAUCUAUCUGACAACAAUCUUAAGUUCAAUUUUCGAUGGACUAGGAAACGCAAUCCAAUGGGUAGCCUAGGGAAAGUAUAUUGCUGAUUGUGCAACAGAGAAGACUAAGGGUUUCUUCUUUAGUUAUUUCUGGGCAUACUAUAUGGCAUCUUAAAUUGUGGGAAAUCUCCUAGGAGCCCUUGUGAUUAAGCAGUUCGAUUAAAUUGUCUUCUACUUAACUAUGGCAUGCUUUUCAAUACUGGCAUCAUUCAUUUUCAUAUGUUUGAAGGACCCAAUCACAUCUUAUGAGGCACUAGAAGAUGAUCAAAUAUAAUAAAAUGUUCUUCAAAGAUAACCUAACUAUAAUACCAUGGACCCACCUCCUUUCUAAAUGGAAGAUUAGUAAUUAGGCUUGCUUGCAGAGAAUAAUCUCGAGGGAUUUUAAUUGGUAAAAAAGGAGGUAAAGUCAACCAUAAAAAUGCUUGUCUCAGAAAGAAUGAGAGUAUUGAUUCCUUAUAUAAUGUGGUCUGGAGUAAGUCUUUCUAUUUACACUGGUCUUUUAGUAGAAAUUAUUGCUGGUACCAUAUAAUCUGAUAGUGAAGAUUAAUAAAUGAUGAAAUCUCUAUUCGCUAUGGUUUCAUUGGGAAUAGGUGAAAUAGUCGGAGGUUUUUACGUUGGACAGAUUAUUGAUAAAUUUGGAAGUAAAACCGCCUCUAUUUCCAACAUAGCUCUAGUAGGAAUGUAAACAAUAGUAGUCCUUGCUUUCAUCUAUAAUAACAAAUUUUCGUUGAUGGUAUUUGUGAUGACAUUUAUCUGGGGAUUUGCUGAUAGUGGAGUAAAUACACAUUUAACUGAGAUUCUUGGAUUUGAGUUUGAAAAUAACUCUGAACCCUACUCAGUAUUUAAUCUCGUACAAUCUUUCACAGUGUUUUUGUUUAUGAUUAUAAUGGCUUUUGUGAAAUCGAGAUUUGAAUUUUAUGCCUUUAUUUCAAUUACUGGAACUCUGGGCAUUUUGAUUUGUUACUAUUCUCUCAAAUUCGAUUAUAAGAAUGAAAAGUUAGAUGUAUUAAGAAAAAGUGUGAUUAUUGAGACAUCAUUUACUUAAAGAGGGAGUUAGAGUAUAAGGUAGCAGGAAAAUCAAAAGAUAAUUGGCGAUUAGGAUAGACAAAUUGUAAUUAACUUUGAUAUAAGCAGCGGAAGUCCAAAUAAAAGCAAUAAGACUAAUAAUACUAAUCUUUCCAAUCAUUAAAAUAUCAGUGCUCUAACUAUCGAAUUUGAUAAGUCUCCGAAUCGUGAAUUAUUUUAGAAUGAAAAUCAUAUUCAAGAGAAAGAUGACCACUUUGCUAUUGAAGAUUUAGAUUCAAAUAAUACUUUUAAACAAGCCUGA